GUCAUACACUAAUUUUUUCCAGACUACUUUAUGAUCAUGAGGUAUUAACCUAUCUUGAAAAUAAGGCACAGCGAGUUCAAAAGUAAGAGUUGCUUCAAAAGUACGAGAUUUUAAAUCCUAUUUAUACAUGCGCCGUUAAUGUCACCAAAGCUCAAACCCUCGCCCACCUCUCACCUUUUUAACCUGUUCCUUUCCCACUUAUUUUUCUCCAUAAUCUCAAACCCUACUCAAAUCCAUCCCCCCGAACUCAAACCUUUUGUCCCUCAAUCAUGGACUUCAUGAGCAAAAAAGAGAAGGAACAUGGUGGUUGCACCACUCAGUUUUGUUUCUUCUGCGCAAUGAAAGAACCAGAUUCCUUCAAGAGGAGAGCCACUCUAGCAACCUGUUUCAAGCAAAUGCCUCUCAGAGACGACCAAGAAAAUGUUCUGGUGCUGAGCAGCUUAUGGCACAUUGCUAUGACUCACCCUGACGACCAAGAGUUCCCAAACCUCGGCAUCUUUGAGUGCAUGGCAAGACUAAUCCACAAAGGCAUCAAAGAUCAGAGUAGUCGUUGGCUCCAAAAACACCAGAACAUAUACAUCCCUUACUACGCAGCUCACGUCAUCGGAUCUUACACCAUGAACCGAGUCGAGUUCGCAAAAAUAGCUGCCGAGUCGGGAGUGAUUCCGCCGCUGCUCGAGCUUCUGAGAGGGAAGAUGAGUUGGGUCGAGCAGCGGGUGGCUGUUCGAGCCCUCGGGCACCUCGCGAGCUACGAGAAGACUUUCAAGCUCGUUGCGGAUUACGAAGAGGAGAUGGUGAGGUUAGCCAUGGAACUAGCUUCUACAUGUGUUAAUGUGGUGUAUGCUAGCUUUGUGGGAGUGACGGAUAAGAGCAAAAGACUAAAAUACCACUGUGAUUUGGUAACGAGAGGUAUUGGAGGUUUAGAGAUGGAGAACUCCAAGGCUGAGGAAUGGGCUAGUCAACUCCAGUGCUGGUCUCUAUACAUAUUAAAUUGCUUUGCUUGCAAACAAAGGCCUCUGGCUUUGAAACUUAUUUGCAAGCAAGAGUUUUUGAGAGAGUUGUGUGGGAUGUGGGGUGGGUUAUUGGCUAACCAAGCUUCUCCGGCUGGGAUUGGACUCAUUAGAAUUUUGUGUUACAGUAAAUACGGGAGGAGAAAAGUAGCUGAAUCGAAAGAGGUCAUAGAGCGCCUGUGUAAUUUGUCAAGGUCUUCAGAUGAUUGGCAGUACAUGGGAAUUGAUUGCCUUUUGCUUCUUCUCAAAGACGCAGAUACAAGGUACAACGUUAUUGAUAUUUCUGCUUUGUUUCUCAUUGAUUUGGUUGAACUCAGAAGCCUUGGAGAUCAUAGAUCAAACUUAGGGGAAACAAUCGCAAAAACACUUCUUUUCGAUUACAAGCAGAGAAAAUCAAACAAGAACGAAGCUUUAGAAGAGCUAUGGAGUUUAAUAGAGAGGAGUAAGAAAGAAAGAGUCUUGUUGUCCGGAGAAAUAUGGGAAGAAAGAAGGGUUUUGGUGGAUUUGAUAAAACAAGAAGCAAAUCAUCUGUUUUGUGAAGGGGAAGUAGAGGAAGCUCUAAUUAAGUACUCUGAGGCAUUAGCUUUGUGCCCAAUAAGGCUGAGGAAAGAGAGAAUGGUACUCUAUAGCAAUAGAGCUCAGUGUCAAUUGCUGCUUAGGGAUCCAGAUUCCGCCAUUAGAGACACCACCAGAGCUCUUUGCUUGUCAAGUCCAGCAAACUCUCAUGGGAAAAGUCUGUGGAGAAGGUCACAGGCUUAUGACAUGAAAGGGUUGACCAGAGAAAGCUUGAUGGACUGUGUCAUGUUCAUCAAUGGGUGUAUCAAGUCUGAGAAGAGUAGCCAGAGGGUUAAGAUUCCGUACUAUGCAGCACGGAUGAUCAGCAAACAGAUGGACGCUACAUGGAUUUUCGCCACUGCCCGGUCCACCAUGGCUACCAGUCAAGUGAAAAAGGUACAAGAAUCAGAAGGUAAUAAGGGUAACAAUGAAGGUGGCAAUCAUAAUCAGCAAGAAAACCAUGAUGAAAUGAUGAAGAUUCUGAUGGAGAACAAAGGUAAAUGUCUGUCCACUAUUUUAGAAGAGCCUUUAAUGCAUAAUAUGGUAAAGGAAGGAAGUAGCACUGCAUAUUGUAGCAGAAGGAAGCAGGAAAGGACAAGAAGGAUGUAAAGAUGCUUGCGUCAUGUGUGAAGAUAGAUCUAGAUCUACAGCGAACCGAUCGAUGUCCCUAUAAGAAUUGCAGCAGAAGAAGAAAAUGACUCUAUG